ACUUUCCGAUUAAGAAGAGAGAACCUAAAAACCUGUCCAUUCAAAUCUCCCCAUUUUUCUCCGAAGUACAAUGAGAAAUUUCUUCACUCAAAAAUGCUUCAACCAUAAACAUGACUUCUUGCUUCUUCUCCAAAUGAUUCCUUUUCCACAACUUUUCAGUAGAGAUUUUUGCCAUUAUCUUAAGGGUCCUUCAUUUUCUUGGAGGACCCGACCCAACCCUCCCCCCUUUCCUACAGAUGCGUUUUUUCCCUUAAAACUCUUAAUAUUAUUAUACAUUUUUCCCUGAUCAAGCCCAACAUACAUUUUCUUUUCUGAUGAUAUUUGUCGAUUUACUAUCUUACCUCUGUUAAAUGAAUUUUGUUGUUAAAUUCGUAAGAAGCCAGGAGAAUUUUUGCAAGAUUUUCACAGCCCUCUAUUAUUUGUAGGAUUUAUUUUUGUUUUUCGAGAAUUCUGAGGUUUGAAAGUCACGGAAAACAAGGACAUUUUUCUCAAGUUUUAUUUGUCGGGCAACCAAUCUGUUUUAUUUUAUUGAGAGUUGAUUUGGGAGGGUGAAGAAAUGAGUUGCUUCCCAUGUUUUAGGAAAGCAAGUUACGAGGAGGAAGAUUUUCCGAUUGCUCAGGCCAAAGAUAUCACUACACCACCUCCUCCUGCAAAUAGCAAGCAAGCUCCAGUAGCUGAAGCCAUAAACAUUGAUGCUAAUGCAAAAGGAAAUUUGUCGGCAAAGACUUUCACUUUCCGUGAACUUGCCUCUGCAACAAAGAAUUUUCGCCAAGAAUGUGUAUUGGGUGAAGGCGGAUUUGGAAGAGUGUUUAAGGGGACACUUCAGUCAAGUGGGCAGGUUGUUGCUGUUCGGCAACUAGACAGGAGUGGUACACAAGAGAGCAAGGAGUUUUUGGUUGAGGUUAUGAUGUUGAGUCUUCUUCACCACCCAAAUCUGGUCGAUCUCGUUGGAUAUUGUGCUGAUGGAGAUCAGAGGCUUUUGGUAUAUGAAUACAUGACAUCAGGUUCUCUGGAAGAGCAUCUAUUUGGCCCUUCAACGGAUAAAAAACCUUUAGAUUGGUCAAAGAGAAUGAAAAUUGCUUUAGGUGUUGCUGAAGGACUUGAGUAUUUACACGAGAAGGCCAAUCCCGCUAUCAUAUAUCGCAACUUAAAAUCCUCAAAUAUCUUGUUGGAUCAAAAUUUUAUCCCUAGACUCUCGAAUUACGGGCUUGCCAAGCUUGUCCAAAGCGGGAAUAAGAUGAUGGGAGGUCAUGGUUAUUGUGCACCCGAAUACGAAAGAAAUGGUGAAUUGACUUUUAAGUCGGAUGUAUAUAGUUUUGGAGUUAUAUUACUAGAGCUUAUCACGGGACGCAGAACCUUGGACACGGCACGCCCCAUAGAGGAGCAGAAUUUAGUUACUUGGGCACAGCCCAUUUUCCGGGAUCCGUCGAGGUUUCCCGAAAUGGCAGAUCCAGUUCUUAAAAGGGAAUUUCUGGUGACAAGCUUAAAUCAAGCUGUGGGAGUUGCAGCCAUGUGUCUUCAGGACGAACCAACGGUCCGCCCAUUGAUCAGUGAUGUUGUAGCUGCUCUUAGUUUCCUUGCUGUGGCUCCACCUGAUGCACUGGUACCUGCACGACUCGUUCCUCUCUUGUCUUCCCGGGUGGAUACGUUGAGUCAUAAUAGAGAUAAUCCACAUCAUGAGGACAGUGACAUUUCUGUUCCUGAAGAACAAGCUAGUUCAGAAAGCGAAGAUGAUGAGAAGAAAAAAGACGAAGGAAAUAAGUCUCAAAAUAAAAAGAACUUGAAAAAGCAGGGUUCGAGCUCAAGUAGCAGCAGCUCCAGUAGUAUUGGAUCGGAAAGUGAUAGUCAGUGCUUCAGCUUGAGGCACGACAAUAUUCUCGAACCUGAUGAUUAUGCUGAUGGUUCGAACAGUGACCACAAAUCCUCUAGACACAAGUUGCACGAGGAUGUCCGCGUUGGAAGAGUGAGAUCCAAGGAUUAUGAUUCAUGUUCAGAUGAUGAAGAAGAAGAAGAAACCAUGAUGAUGAAUAGCAUGAGAGCUGUGGAUGGUAGUGAUACUGUAUAUUCAAGGCACAAUGGCAAUUUGUAUUCUUAAUAUGGAGACGAAGGUCCAUGUUAACAAUGACAGACGAUUUCUUGUUAAAUUGGGCAUUUUAUGCAGUUGUGUUGUUUAGAUUUGAACACUUUCUUGUAAAUUUUAGAUUUUGUAUUACUGCUUCGAAAUCUUUGAGUAAA